AGGAUAUGGGAUGGGAGUCGGCGUAUUCAGACUCGUCUGGGGUCCGGACGAUUGACGGGGCUUUGAGGGUCGUCCGUCGUCUGAAGUGAGCCAGCCCAGUGGUCUGCAUCAGCAUCGGAUGCUUUCUGGGGCAAACGAAACAGUGACUAAGGCCAAGAAAGAAAUUCCGCGUUGUAAUUCCUGCGGCGUGGCGGACCAAAAUAGGUACUCGGUCUCGCGAAACUUGGUAUCUGUCGCCAAGCGUCCUUGGCUCGGAAUGCAGUCAAUCAAGUCCGGGCGACUGCCUAAACCACGCGGCAAAAGCCAACAUGCCCUUGACACGGCCACUGUGUCCGAAGCCGCGGCGAAGAGAACAAUGACAAGAAAGAUCCGAUGCGCACCUGGCAAGGCUCGCCUCGCCUCGCCUCGAGCCGGGCCGGGUUCAUCGCAUGAAGUCGGUGGCACGGGAGACGUCUCGACAGUGGGACGAGACAAGCCAGCCGUGAGUCGUGAUAUGAGCCGAGCCACGCCACGCCAACGCCACGCCAACGCCACGCCACAGAGCCAGCUGGUGGGCAGAUACGGUACUUGAAAUUCAAUACAUAGGUAGGUAGGUGUCUUGGUGUUGAAACUCAAGUGGGUAAGAUAGACUGGGAAUAAUAGACAGUGUCGAGAUUGAGAAAGCUAAACCCCCCCAA